AUGACUGAUUUGGCUGCCUGUGACCGUUGUGCCAAAUCUGUUAAGAAGGAAGAUGAACUGUUGAAAUGCAUGGGUUUUUGCGAUCAAAUCUGCCACAUCCGCUGUGCUGGUCUUAACGUGCCGUUCAUUAAGGUCGUCCGUGAAAAACACAACCUGUUUUGGAUGUGCGAUGAGUGUGUAAAAUUGAUGAAAUACACCCGAUUUAAAAAUGUUGUUUCUUCCUUCGGGAGUGUGGUUGCCUCAGUCCUCGGCGAUCAAUUGCACAGUUUCCCGGAGCUUAAAGAUGAAAUCGCUAAGAACAACCAACAUGUAGCUAAACUUGCCGAUAAGGUAAACUCAGCUACCCCGGUGCGAAUACCAAAUCGAGACCGUCCUGCUAAGCGUCGUCGUGGCGAGCCAGAGUCUCCAAACGAACCUGCGGUUGGUACCAGACACGUCGAAAAUCAAGAGAGGCUUGUGGCUAAAUCUCCACCUAAUUUGUUUUGGGUGUACCUUUCACGUUUUCAUCCCACCGUGACAAUUGAUGUCGUUGAAAAACUGGUCAGAGAUGGUUUAGAGACACAAGACGCAAUUAAAGUCGUCCCUCUGGUGAAAAAAGGUACCGACCUUCAGUCUCUUAACUUUGUCUCGUUCAAGGUCGGCGUCCCUCCGGAACAUAAAGCCACUGCUUUGAGACCCGGUACUUGGCCACUGGGGAUUGUUUUUAGAGAAUUUUCCGACACCCGAGCCAAUUCUACUGUUUGGUUACCUCCCACCGCUUCCGUUUUUCCAGCCACUCCGGUCCUAACAGUCCUAACGACAACAUUGCUACUGUUACCGCAUCUGCUACCUCAGCAGCACAAGCUGCACCCGCCCCUUUUGGUGCAACUGCGUCAGAUGCUGGUUUAUCGGAAACUCCCGCAACAGUGGAUCUUUGAUCAAUCACGCUCCAUCAUCACCGGGACGCAACGUUAA